AUGAGAGACAACACUGGUAACACUGGCAAUAAUGCAGUAGCUCAAACUGGGAACACUAAUCAGAUUGACCCUAGCAAUCCACUCUUCAGAUUCACCUGGCUUGAGCAUGAUAGUGUCAUCUACUCAAAGACUGCUAAGGAUCUAUACACAGAUCUGGAACAAAGGUUUGGACAGUCAAAUGGUGCUAAACUUUUUCAUUUGCAAAAGGAGUUAAGUGACGUUGUUCAGGGAAACACAGAUGUGGCAGGCUACUUUACCAAGAUUAAAAGGCUUUGGGAUGAACUAGAUUCAUUAAACACAGACAAUAAGUGCAGUUGCAAUUGCAUCUGUGGAGGAAAAGAAAAGUUAACUAAGUCUUUAGAAAAUGAGAGAUUGAUUAAGUUUCUCAUGGGGCUAAAUGAAACUUAUGGUGCAGCUAGGAGUAGCAUCUUCAUGAUUAAGCCUUUGCCCAAUCGUAACCAUGCUUACUCAUUACUUUUGCAAGAUGAAAACCAAAGAGAAUCAUAUAUUAAUGCUAAUGUGUCUACUGAGAAACAAACCACCUACUCAAGAGGUUUGGGAAAACAAAGCACAUACAAGGUUUAA